GACGCGUAGAGCAGCGUGCAGGGAGACAGGCAGGCAGGCAGGCAGACAGACAGACAGACAGACAGACAGGCGGCGGAGUUGGUACGAACAUCUUCGACUUCUCAAACCAAAAACACCCCGACUGCUCCUCAGCUACGCUGCUCCACAGAAAUGCCCCGGAGUCGUCGCUGCUCUUUGGAGAGGGGACUCGCGUUGGAUUUAGCGUCCGAUCACUCCGGACAAAGAUGCCUAAGCGUGAAGUAAACAGCGUAGGAGAAAGUGUGCCUUGUUUUGAGCCGAACGGGUCGUGUGCCCCAACAUAAAACUCGGAGCGCAUCAAGGCCAGUAGCAGCCUGUGGUGAUAGUUAGCUAGUCGGCUAACGCUAGCCUGCUAACGUUACAGGUGUUUAGGCAGCAAAUAACCAAACAUAACUCGUAUCUGCAGUUAGCUGGCAGCACGCUGAGCCCACGUGUCGCGACUCAACACUGAACUCGGCGUGCGUGUUAAAAGCUUUUCAGCAAACGCCAAGUAGCAGGUAUGACACUUAGCAACCUUGUUGUUAGCCGCUAGCUUUUUAGUUAGCCGCUGUCCCGUGUUUACAGCCGCAGCUAGGCUAGCCUCACUAGCCACCGAGCUAGCGAGUUAACUUUGCAGCUACAUGUGCUUAUUUUGCGUUGUAGCUCAUUAUUCUCCGUUUGACUCGGCUGCGCACCUCCAGUGCGGUUUAGCGAGACUCUUCAUAUUUGCAAGCGAGACGGUUUGACUCUUUUUUUCCGCCGUGCCUGCCCUGGACUGACCCACCCACAAGGACUAUCUACCCGGGGCCGAUGCUGACAGUUCAGCCCGGACCACGGCAACGCCAGGAGCCGCUACAGCAAUGCAGCCCCAGCAGAUAUACGACUUUUCAAGUGACGAGAACAGUCACAAAUGGAGAGGCCUCUUCGUGCAAGCGCUGCGGAAGGUACAGAAGCAGGUCCACCCAAACCUCAUGGCGAAGGAGGAUGCCCUGCAGCACAUCGAGGAGCUGAUCCUGCAGCUGCUCAACAUGCUGUGUGUGGCCCAACCUCGCUCUGUGCAUGACGUAGAAGAACGGGUCCAGAAAACCUUUCCCCACCCAAUAGAUAAGUGGGCGAUUGCCGACGCCCAGUCAGCGAUUGAGAAACGCAAGAGGAGAAACCCUUUACUUCUGCCCGUGGAGAAGAUUCACCCUCUGCUCAGGGAGGUUUUGGGCUAUAAAGUGGACUACAAUGUUUCCCUGUACAUUGUGGCUGUGCUUGAAUACAUAUCAGCAGACAUUCUGAAACUGGCGGGAAACUACGUUGGCAACAUUCGGCACUAUGAAAUCAGCCAGCAGGACAUCAAGGUGUCCAUGUGUGCAGACAAGGUGUUGAUGGACAUGUUCGACCAGGAGGAGGACAUUGGCUUGAUGUCUCAGUGCACCGAGGAGCCGUCGUCCUCCGGGGAGUUCACGUACGACGACCUGGUGAGGCUCGAAAUCGCGGAGGAGCGGCAAUACCUGCGAGAGCUCGACCUCAUCAUCAAAGUGUUCCGCCAGCACUUCCUCUCCAACCCCAAAAUCUUCACGCCUCAGGAUGUGGAGGUGAUCUUCAGCAACAUCCUGGACAUCCACGAGCUCACGGUGAAGCUGCUCGGACUGAUCGAGGACGCCGUGGAGAUGACUGCGGAUGGCAGCCCUCAUCCACUGGUGGGGAGCUGCUUCGAGGAUCUAGCAGAGGAGCAGGCUUUUGACCCCUACGAGACCUUGUCUCAGGAUAUCCUCAGUAAGGAUUUCCACGAGCACUUCAACAACCUGAUGGCACGGUCAACCGCCGGCCUCUACUUCCAGUCAGUUGCAGAUGGGUUCAAAGAGGCAGUCCAGUAUGUCCUUCCACAGCUGAUGAUGGUCCCAGUAUACCACUGCAUGCACUACUUUGAGCUGCUACAGCAACUUCAGGAGCGCAGUCAAGACCAAGAUGACCGCGAAUGUCUGAAACAGGCGAUCACAGCGCUGCUAAAUCUCCAAUGUAGCGUGGAGCGCAUAUAUGCCAAGCACCAGCCUCGCCGCAAACCCGGGGAGCCCAUGUACCGCCUGUACAGCAGGCAGGUCCGUAGCAAACAGCUCGCCAUCAAACGCAUGAACGAGAUUCAGAAGAGCAUCGACGGCUGGGAGGGGAAAGACAUCGGUCAGUGCUGCAGCGAGUUCAUCCUGGAGGGCCCACUGGUACGAGCCGGCGCCAAGCACGAGAGACACAACUUCCUGUUCGACGGCCUGAUGAUCAGCUGCAAGGCCAACCAGAGCUCACGGCUCCCGGGUUCGGGCAGCGGGGCGGAGUACCGUCUAAAGGAGAAGUUCGUGCUGAGGAAGAUCCGCAUCGUGGAUCGCGAGGACUCUGGGGAUCAGCGGCACGCCUUUGAACUCAUCGGAAAGGAUGAGAACUGUGCCGUUUUCUGCGCACGGACGGCGGAGGACAAGGCGGCGUGGAUGGCGGGGCUGGUGACUCUGCAGUACCGCUCCACUUUGGAUCGCAUGUUGGACACGGUGCUGCAGCACGAGGAGCAGGCGCAUCCUUUAAGACUGCCCUCGCCCGAGGUUUACCGCUUUGCCGUGCAGGACUCUGAGGAGAAUAUUGUGUUUGAGGACAAAGUGCAGAGCAAAACGGGCAUCCCCAUCAUUAAGGCCGGCACAGUGGUCAAGCUUAUAGAGAGACUCACUUACCAUAUGUAUGCUGAUCCUAACUUUGUGCGCACGUUUCUUACAACAUACCGAUCAUUCUGCAAACCACAGGAGCUUCUCGCUCUGCUGAUAGACAGGAUUGAAAUCCCUGAGCCAGAGCCGACUGAGGAGGACCGCCAGGCUCUCUGGAACGGUGACCAGCCAAUGGCGGCCGAGCUCCAGAGAUUUCGCAAGGAGUACGUGCAGCCAGUCCAACUCAGGGUACUCAACGUUUUCCGUCAGUGGGUCGAACAUCAUUUCUACGACUUUGAGAACGAUCCAGAGCUGAGAAGCCGAUUGGAGGAGUACAUCUCCACCAAGAUUCAGCUUAGAGGCAAGUCCAUGAGAAAGUGGGUUGAGUCAAUCAAUAAGAUCAUCAGGAGGAAGCUGCAGACGCAGUCAAAUGGCGUUAGCCACAACAUCACCUUCGAGAGCCCGCCUCCUCCCAUCGAGUGGCACAUCUGCAGAGUGGGUCACGUGGACACGUUUGACCUCAUGACCCUUCAUCCCAUAGAGAUCGCCCGGCAGCUGACUCUGCUCGAAUCUGAGCUUUACAGAGCCGUCCGGCCGUCGGAGCUGGUCGGCAGCGUCUGGACCAAAGAGGACAAAGAGAAGAACUCGCCGAACCUGCUGCGCAUGAUCCGCCACACCACCAACCUCACACUGUGGUUUGAGAAGUGCAUCGUAGAGACGAUGAACCUGGAAGAGAGGGUCGCCGUGUUAUCGCGGGUCAUUGAGAUUCUGCAGGUUUUCCAGGAGCUCAACAACUUUAACGGGGUCCUGGAGGUGGUCAGUGCCAUCAACUCCGUCCCAGUCUACAGGCUGGACCACACCUUUGAGGCAAUACCAGAGAGGAAAAGGAAAAUCCUGGAAGAGGCUGUGGAACUGAGCCAGGACCACUUUAAGAAAUACUUGCUUAAACUCAAGUCCAUAAACCCACCCUGUGUGCCUUUUUUUGGUAUAUAUUUAACCAACAUCCUGAAGACUGAGGAGGGCAACCCAGACUUCCUCAAACGUCACGGCAAGGAGCUGAUCAAUUUCAGCAAGAGGAGGAAAGUGGCUGAAAUCACAGGAGAGAUCCAGCAGUAUCAGAACCAGCCCUACUGUCUGAAGGUGGAGCACGACAUCAGGAGGUUCUUUGAGAACCUGAACCCGAUGGGCAACAGGAGCGAGAAGGAGUUUUCCGACUACCUGUUCAAAAUGUCUCUGGAUAUUGAGCCACGGAAUUGCAGGCAGGCUCCUCGAUUUCCCAGGAAGACCAUCUACCCACUGAAAUCCCCCGGGAUCCGGCCCGUGCGAACGUCUACCUCCGGCACCCUGAAGUGCCACCCCGUCGCCUUGGAGAGGGAGCCCCCGCAUAAGAUCACCUUCCGCAGCAUCGCCGAGACGGAGCCGGAGAUGCCGGCGUCGGCCUCGGUGCCCACCUCCCCGAACACGCCGACCCCCCCACAGUCGGCCUCCUCCGACCUCAGCUCGGUCUUCAUGGAUCACGACCUCAGCAGCUCGUAUGGCGGUAGCAACUCCAUAUUUGCUCCUGUCCUUCUUCCGCCUUCAAAGUUCCAGUCUGCGUCUUGUGGCAGCCUCCAUCAGCUCGGGGAGGAGCAGCAGAGGCCUCCACCUCUGCCGCCGCGAAGGAAGGACGCCAUGUCUGAAGCCAAACUGAGCUCCAGGUCCGACAGCCCCCCCGCCAUCCCGCCCCGGCUGCCCCCCCAUCUGCCGAGGAACCAACCUCGACCGCUGGUCUACAACGGCCCCCCAAUGGACGGCCCCCUGCCCAGCCCUCCCCCUCCUCCUCCGCCGCCCCGCGACCCUCUGCCCGACACGCCUCCCCCGGUGCCCCAGCGGCCCCCCGAGAUCUUCAUCAACUACCCCCUCAACAUGCAGCCUUCCCCCGUGGGCCGAUACCACUGGGACUUCAGUUCCCCCAGCUCGCCCAACACCCCGCCCAGCACGCCGUCGCCCCGCAUCCCCCGGCGGAGCUGCCCGCUCAGCGCCAGCCAGAACAGCCUCUACCCGCUUCCUGUCUCCUUCAUCGCCCCGCCUGUCCCCCCACGCCACAACUGCAGCCCCCAACUCCCCAAACUCCCUCCAAAGACAUACAAAAGGGAGAUGCUGCUGCAGCCGCCGGCGCUCCAAGGCCUCUCAUUGGUGGAGAACACCGACGGCAGCCAGUGAGUCUGCGUUGUUUUUGUGUGUUUGAAAUGCAAACACAGUGGACUACGACACAGUGGACUGCAAGCUACUGAUCAGGAAGAAGAACUCUGCUCCACACGCUCGUUACUGCACCCGCAUCCACCAGUCCCCGCUGUGCCUCUCAGGGGAUCAGUAGCUCCGCCUUCAUCAUGAACCCUCUGUGCCAAUGAGAAACCCUCACCGGUGUGCCAGCUAAUAAACAACAAGGAGUGGAGUGUUUGUUUGUUUUUGUCUCUAUGGAGCGGGACUGUUUUGCCUGAUAAAGGUUCUCACAACUUACACUUAACCCCACGUCCCACUCUUCUCUGUCUGCGUGUGUGUGUGUGCGUGUGGAGGGGGUUUGGGGGUGGCUUUGACUUUGUAGCGUCAAACGUCAUGCUUUGUUUCUUUGGGCAUUGACGUGAUCCGGAGUCGUGCUGCAGCUCACAGAUUUACGGCCCCUCUCCCCCGUGACCCACCUGGACGUGGUGGCUGUGAGCAGCAAACAUUUCCAUUGAUACGUUUUUCCUACAAACUGAUAAACAGUUGCCAAAGUCUUAUUUUAUGCAGGGGGAAAAGGGAUUUUUUUUUUUUAAACAAAUGUGACAUUAAAAGAAGCUCAUGGCGGAGGCCCCCCCCCCCCCCCCCCCCCCCCC